UAGUGGAUUUUCGGUGAACACCGGUAAACACGUGAUCUGGUCCCUGUGCAAACCUUUUACUGCUCUGUAAUUAAAAAAGCUUAAUUAAAACCGGAGGAACGAGGCCGGUCCGGGUCCCCAUCACCGGGCGUCCACUCAUGGGCAGCAGCCCUGAGGAGUAGGCUACUCUUGCAUGCUGAGGCCGUCAACAGAUUAAUGCGAUUCGAUCUUCAACAAAGUAAUCUGAGGCUGCCAGUCAAUUACUGGGAGAAAAGAGCUGUGGCGAGAGCUGAACUGAAGACGAGCCUUGCAAUGUGAUAGAUUUGAUGCUGCACAUUCGCUGCUCUCUCAAGUCAAGGAAGGAUCCGUUUUGUUGAGGUCCGAGGAGGCCGACGCGGUGGGAAGCAAGCGAGAAGGGUCGUCACACCUCACCUCGUCUCUCGCGUUCCCCUCCUGUGCUCCUCGGUCAGGGAUGGUGACACCAGUAACCUCUCCUCCUCUCCAUGGUGACAAGUACCUCCGCGCCUCGUCCCACCGCUCCCGCGAGAGCCCAACAGCCAGCACGCUUGCCGAGUGGACACCGAGACACUCCACCAGUCAGUCACUUUGUCAACCAGCUUGCUAUCACCCGGCAACCUAUUACCUCACGCCAUGACCGCUUUGUCUGACCUGUGUUUAGGAACUCAUUAAUUCAUGCCCCACAGCGUGAGUGGAGUGGAGAUGAGAAAAAGGCAGGCGGCUCACAUCGAGGCCCCACCCCAGGCCCCUGGACAGCCUCGACCGAAUACCUGCUGCCUCUGCUGGUGCGGCUGCUGCAAGUGUCUGUGGAAUGAAGACAGAAUUGAGAGGAGCGAACGGCAGACCUGCACCAAGAUGGACAGUAUUGAAGCUGCUGAAGAACAACGUCCCAGUUUAGAAGAGUUGCUGUCGUGGGCACGGAGCUUCGAGAUGAUGCUGCGCUCGCUGGAGGGCCGAGAGAUCUUCAGAGACUUCCUGCGCUCCGAGUACAGCGAGGACAACCUGCUUUUCUGGUUGGCCUGCGAAGAGUUGAAAAAGGAGACCAACCCCUCGGCGGUGGAUGAGAAGGCCAGGAUUAUAUACGAAGAUUACGUCUCUAUAUUGUCGCCCAAAGAGGUGAGUCUGGACUCUCGGGUCAGAGAAGGAAUAAACCAGAGCUUGACGGAGCCUAGCAACACGAUGUACGAGGAGGCCCAGCUCCAGAUCUACACCCUGAUGCACCGGGACUCCUUCCCCCGUUUCCUCAACUCCUCCGUUUACAGAGACCUCCUGGACAGCAGGAGGCGCACCUGCCUCGACACCUAAACCUCGCCACCGUUCGUCAUUGCCAACGUACGCCAACGAGACUACUACUUAAAAACUUCAAAUACUACUAUGGUGCCAGAAGUCAGGUUUGGAAGAAAAUAAGCAAAAGUCUCUCGCUCUGUUCUGACGGGAAAAAAAACAAACAAACAAUCUAAAUAACAUCCAAGAUAGCUGGUC